AUGGUGGAAGGAGAUUCAAACUCUCCCACCUGGAAGUUCACCCAGUGCUUCGGUGACAAAGGAGACGUUGAAGAUAUCACAGAAGCCGAUAUUAUAUCAACCGUCGAAUUCGACCAUACCGGUAAUUACUUAGCAACAGGAGACAAAGGCGGCCGAGUUGUUUUGUUUGAGAGGAACGAGACGAAAAAAACUUGUGAAUACAAGUUUCACACCGAAUUCCAGUCACACGAGCCCGAAUUCGACUACCUCAAAUCUCUAGAGAUAGAAGAGAAGAUCAACAAGAUUAAGUGGUGUCGUCGUCAGAAUGCCUCUCACUAUUUGCUCUCCACCAACGACAAAACGAUCAAGCUAUGGAAGGUUUUCGAGAAAUCACUAAAAGUAGUAGCUGAGAACAACCUGUCUCACGAUCUGACGCCGGGCAAUGUCGCUGGUGUAGGAGGAGGUGCUCCUAGAGCUCUUCCUCAGUCACAUUUCAAGACCGCUGGAGAGUUGAAGUUACCACGGCUGACGCAUCACGAUACUGUCGUCGCUGCGGUUCCCCGACGUACGUACGCGAAUGCUCACGCCUAUCACAUCAACAGCAUCUCGGUCAAUAGCGACGGGGAGACCUUUAUAAGCAGCGACGAUCUGCGGAUCAAUCUCUGGAAUCUGAAUAUUCAGGACCAGAGUUUCAACAUUGUCGACAUCAAGCCCGCGAAUAUGGAGGAGUUGACUGAGGUCAUUACUGCUGCCGAAUUCCACCCCAUUAGUUGUAACUGGUUUAUGUACGCAAGCUCAAAGGGCACCAUCAAGCUAGCAGACAUGCGGGAGAGUGCCCUUUGCGAUCAGCAUGCAAAACUUUUUGAACAAGAAGAGGAUCCGUCGUCAAGAUCGUUCUUUUCCGAGAUCAUAUCCUCCAUCUCAGACGUACGCUUCUCAUACGACGGCAGAUACAUCUUAUCUCGAGACUACCUCACCGUCAAGAUCUGGGAUGUCAAUAUGGAACGCCAACCGGUCAAGACCAUACCUAUUCACGAGCAUCUUAGGCCACGGCUAUGUGAUACGUACGAGAAUGAUAGUAUCUUCGACAAGUUUGAAGUUGUUUUCUCAGGUGACGCCAAAAAUGUCAUGACGGGAAGUUAUAAUAACAACUUCAUGAUUUAUCCUUCGGAUCCCGAGAAGGAGAUCGAGGUCGUGUUACAAGCAGACAAAUCGGCCUUCAAGGCGAAGAAAGUAGGUAUCCCGACGCCUAUCAACUCGUCGACGAGCCCCACAGCGACCAACGGCGGUAAGAAGGGCGGAUCGCGUGCGGGUAGUCCGGCGGCCGGGGCGGGUCAGGGACAGAGGAUGCGGAAGGAGACGGACGCAGAUCAGAUUGACUAUAACAAGAAAAUCCUACACAUGAGUUGGCAUCCAUUCGAGGACAGUAUCGCCAUUGCUGCAACAAACAAUUUAUUCGUUUUUUCGGCCCUCUAA